AGAGGAGCAGUUUUGAUUUCAGACAAUCCAGUAGGAAGGUCUACUGUGAGCAGAAAUUAAAUAAUUGAGCCCAAUAUCCAGCAGGAGUAGUGAGAACCAGAUAAAGGCUUUUCUAGUGUCAGAUGUCCCAAGUAAGAUUUUGUAGAUCCAGAUACAUGUUAUGAUCUUGAUGACUGCUCAGUUUCACCUUCAGUCCUCCAGAGCUUUAAAGAUUCUCAGAACCAAAAUGUGUGGGGUAUGCAAUUUUUAUUUCUUUUUACUUGUGGAAUAAACCUAAGACAUGCUCACUUUCAUGGAGUGCCUUUGCCUGGAUGAGUGUGACAUGACAUCAGGAAUGCAAACCCUGGGUGUGCUUCAGAGAGCAGAACCAAGCCUCGUGUCUGAGCUACCACUGACCAUAAUAGCAGCUGAAACAAGAAGGAAAUGGGCUGGCUCCAUGCUCACUUCAGAGACAGAGGUUCUCGCAGAGGACCCUCUUCUGAGACAGAAGCAAUGAAAAGGCAGAGUUCUGCUCACGAGCAAGAGAUUAUUGAAUUACGGGAACAUAAUGUGGAGGAAAGUGAGACUGAUCGUGACAAGCCUCUAAAUGCUCAAACGAGAAAGGAGAGAGAUGGCUGGAAAUCAUGCAGGAAUGUAGUUUUCUGGAAGUGUAAACUAUGGACGGUUAUAUUUACAAUAUUUCUAGUGAUCUUCCUGGUCAUUCUCAUCAGCCUAAUUCUUUAUUCUAAUGUUUACACAGAUGAGGAUGACUACUGGGAUCCUGAUGAAUUACUAAGCAAUGGAAAUUUUCACAAUUUUUCAGGAACACUGGAGUUAAUGUGUGGUCUCCCACACUUCUCCUCCGAGGACAUUACUAAGAGGCUAACAGAGGUGUACAGCUCAUCUCCAGCUUUAGGACGUUACUUUAGGUCAGCUCAGGUGAUUUCUUUCAGUAAUGAAAGCUCCACCGUAAUUUAUCAGCUAGUGUUUUCUGUACCACCAUCAACAGAGGGAUUUAUGGAAAACCGUAUGAACCCAGAUUUUAUAAGGAACAUUUUACGUCAGUAUAUUUAUGAUGAAGAUACUCUUAAUCCUGGGACAUCUGAAUGUGACAGGUUAAAGCUCAACCUGACUUCUCUCACAUAGAAAUUAUGGAAAGAUUCUUCAUCUUCAUCACUACCUAGAGGAGAUGCGAUUCCCUAUCUACAAGUAAUCCCAGGGCAGGGAACUAUUCAUUAGGUAGAAAUGCUUCUAAAAUUGUUGUCCUGUAAAUACUGCCUGUGGUGCAAUACUGUAAAUGGAAAAUGUGGUAUAUAUAUAUGACAGUGUUGUAUUGCUAUAGAACCACUACCUCCUUCUUCUAUAUCUCAGUAAUCCAUUUCACCCUUGAGAAAAUCAUGUAUUUGAUUCAUGCUCUGUUGACUUUGAAAGCUCUGCCUUCUCUUGCCUUAUGAUUAAAUCUUAAUGUUCUGCAUGAGCUUUGAAAGCAGUCUUGCACAUGGCUCCUUUCUUUUUCUCUUGAACUUCAUAUGGCACAUUUAUUUGUUGGUUUUUCCUUGUAAAAACCUAUAUAUAUAUAUAUAUAUAUAUAUGUGUGUGUGUGUGUGUGUGUGUGUGUGUGUAUGUAUUUGUAUUCUUUAAUUACCUGCAAUUACCUGCUAGGCCUUUGCACUAGCUUCUUAAGAAUGCUUUAGCUCUCAUAAUUUUCUUAUUCUUCCUACAGCCUCCUUGGAUAAGGUGCUCUUUGCUCUAUUUUUCUCUUCUUCAAUGUGAAAUACAAAAGAAGAAAGCAACAGCAUGAAGAGACAUGUCUUGUUCACUAAUGCAGCUGAAUGUCACAGGAAUAUUUUAAGGGUCAAAUUAGCAGUGUGCUUUUACAGUUAGUUAUUGCUACUAGUGAAUAGACAGAUAUUUGACCUGUUUUUGUAAAUCUGCAGACUAGUCUAUAUCCUUAAUUAUAGUUCCUGCCUAGCACUGGGAUAAAAAUGCACAGAUGUAAGGUAUUUGCCUUAAUAAGGCAGUAAAUAGUAGUUCUUGUUGAUGAGAGACCAGAGGAGAUGAAUCAGUGCCAAGAAGAUGGUGCUGGAGCAGAAGGCAUAGGCCAGAGUGGCACAAAAGUUACAGGCGGUGACUGGCUAUAACAUAAAAAUUAAGCAUUACCUUUAUACAGAAUGGAACAUAUUCACUACCAUGUGAGUGAACUACAUCUUGUCAUUUAUUUAUAGUCUUAUAAAUGUUAGUACUGCUGGACAGAACUUUUAUUUUAAAAGCAUUUUGUACUGUUAGAAAUGUAAUGAAAAAAUUUUCUUCUCUUUCUAAUAUUACUAGUUUAUUUAGGAGUAAUCUGAUUAUAUUAUUGUGCAUUAAAUUAUUUAUUUUUUACUCUCAAA